AUGGAAUAGUAAGGAACCCUGAUUCCCCCUUCACUACUUCACUCUCUCUCUUCCUAUCUUCAGCUGCACAGCCUUCUCCCAACUCAUUCCAUUUCUUCUUCUUCCGGCGGCCUUCCUGCGGCGUUUGUCGAGCAGCGCAACCCACCACCCAUCUUUGGAUAUCCUUGGCGGCACGAGCUCUAGUUCUACGGUGGCAACGCCCGGUUACAGCUGAUCCACACAACCCCGACGGCGUCUUGUUGCGCACGACGGCAGCAACCUCAACGUCUAUUUCCAGAGACGCUACUUUCCGGCGAUUUUUAGAGUUCCCAUUGCUCUUCGGCGCGAGCACCUUCCACGCACGAACAACAACUCCUCUAAGCUCGAUUCAGCGGCUUUCAGCAGCAAUCCACUUCUCAAUCAACUUCGAUUCGGUUUGCCCGUAUUCCGUAGGGGCCACAUUGGUGAUUUUCAACUCGAUCACGUUCCAGCAAAGAUUCGAGUCCUUUUGCAAUCAUUCAGUCUCUAUCCAGCACUGGCCUGAGGAACAUAGCCAACUGGUGCAGUUUAUAAUUCAAACAGGAAAAGGAAAAGGAAAUGCUACGAAGACGACUGUGUUAUUUACUAUCUAGCUCACUUGCCUCUGUUCAUACUAAACCCCCACCUACUAGUGUGAUAAACCAAGCAUUAUCACGUCCAUUCCUAGAGUUCCAGCAAAACCCUAGCCUUGAUCGUCAUGUAGGUUUCCCUCAUUCUGUAAAUAUCUUUGGUUUUCGAGCUUACAGCCUUUUGAGCUUAAAUGAUCUGAGAGACAAAGUUCCGAGGAAACAGAAGACAAGAAAGGGUCGUGGUAUUGGUUCUGGAAAGGGGAAGACGGCUGGGAGAGGUCACAAGGGCCAAAGAGCGAGAGGCUCUGGGAAGCUUGGGUUUGAAGGGGGUCAAACCCCGCUUCGUCGUAGGCUUCCUAAAAGAGGCUUUAAAAAUCCUUUCAGCCUCACAUUUCAGCCAGUUGGUUUGGGAAAAAUUGCUAAACUUAUAAAUGCCGGGAAAAUUGAUUCUUCUGAAUUAAUCACUAUGAAAACUCUCAAGGAUACAGGUGCAAUUGGAAAACAAAUAGAGGAUGGGGUAAGAUUGAUGGGACGUGGUGCUGAACAUAUUAAGUGGCCAAUUCACCUAGAGGUGUCGAGGGUCACUGUUAGAGCGAAGGAAGCUGUCGAAGCUGCCGGUGGGACUGUUCGAAGAGUGUAUUACAACAAAUUAGGAUUUCGGGCACUUCUCAAGCCUGAGUGGUUUGAAAAGAAAGGCAGACUCCUGCCACGAGCAGCGAGGCCACCACCAAAGCAGCGAGACAAAGUCGACAGCAUUGGCCGCUUGCCUGCUCCAACUAAACCCAUUCCUUUUUCAGUUGAAGACGAAGAGAGAGGAAAGGCAGCUUCCAAUUUGUCUACCUAAUCAUAGUUCGACUUUGAAUUAAGAAAUUUAACUUUUGGUUGCCUUUUUCAAAUGCAAUUUUCUCUCCCGGUCAUGAUUUUUCUUUGUACUAGUGUUCACACAUUUCUUAGGAUUAAUGGACGUUGGCCGCUCUUCACCUGAGAUUUUAAGGAUUCAGGGUGGUAAUAAAAAUCGUAUGUUAUCUUACUA